CUGUCCUCCACGCAGGAUGGAAAACGAGUUCCCCACGCAUUGUGGAGGUCCGCUGUGAUUCUAGCAACAAACUACUCUUCCAGGCAAAAAAAAUAAAAAGCACGGGUUUUGGUGACAGGCACCAUGCGCAAUGACUGACUCUGACUCUGUGGUCGGGCCCAAGCUCUGCACAGACAUUUAGUCCGCAUCAUUUCCUGACAGCUCCCCGAGAGAGAGGAGAGAGAAAAAGCAGGGCUGGAUUAUCAGACUGUGAUACUGCAGCAUGACGGACACGGUGAUGAGCAGGAGCUCGGAUCGCUUGGUGUCCAACGACAGGCAGAGGAGCAUGCAUGCUGGGGAUAAAGAGCAGGGCAACUGGACCAUGCAGCCAGGCCCUGGUCCUGGUCCAGACCUGACAGAUGAAGAAAAAGAAAUUAUUAACAGUGUGAUCGCCCGUGCUGAGAAAAUGGAGGCCAUGGAGCAGGAGAGAAUUGGGCGCUUGAUAAACCGUCUGGACGACAUGAAGAAGACUGUGUGUGGGGAUGGACAGUCCCGCUGUUUGCUCUGUGGGGAGCAGCUGGGCUCACCUGGAGUCAGCUCAGUGGUGUGUGAGGACUGCAAAAAGAACAUGUGUACUAAGUGUGGUACACAGUGUAGCAGUCGUCCACGCGCUGUGUGGCUAUGCAAGAUCUGUAGAGAACAGCGAGAGGUGUGGAAGAGGUCUGGUGCCUGGUUCUUCAAAGGUUUUCCUAAGCAUUUCCUGCCAUCUCCCAUGCCAUUAUCUAAACAAAGAGAGGCAGGUGCCCCGGAUCAGGGGUUCCCGGACCAGGGGCCACCAACCACUGGGCCCAGGGUGGUAGUAAACCAACCACAACAGCCAGGACCGGAGCCACAGGGCCGUGAUGGUUACCCACCUGUGGCCCCUAAACCAUCAGUUGUGCGCAUGGCCGCGGGCGGGGCUGGCUCUGAAGAGGCGGGGCAGGGCAGCCCAGUGGUGAUGAAAAAAAUGGUGCCCGUCCAGAGCUCCAGACCACAGCCGGCUGCAUCGACAACCAUGGUCCAGCAGGUGGCAGGCGAUGGAGGGGCUUACUCCUCUGGUGGAGUUCCUCCUGAGCAGAGAGCUCCUCCUGCAGCAAGAGAGGACAGGAGGCAGCCCGCUGCCUACAGUGCUCCCCCUGCCCGGCAGCAACCUCCCCCAGCUGAGGAGGAGGAGGAGGCCAAUGACUAUGACUCUGAUGAAGCCACCACUCUGGGCUCUCUAGAGUUCAGUCUGCUCUAUGAACAGGAAAGCAACAGCCUCCACUGUAGCAUCCUCAAAGCAAAGGGACUGAAGCCCAUGGACUCAAACGGACUGGCAGAUCCUUAUGUCAAGCUUCAUCUGCUGCCAGGGGCUAGUAAGUCUAACAAGCUGCGCACAAAGACCCUGAGAAACACCCGCAACCCUGCUUGGAAUGAGACGCUCACCUACCAUGGCCUGACCGAUGAGGACAUGCAGCGCAAGACCCUCAGGCUGUCUGUCUGUGAUGAAGACAAGUUCGGACAUAAUGAGUUUAUUGGGGAAACCCGAGUGGCGCUGAAGAAACUGAAGAUGAACCAGAAGAAAAACUUCAACGUGUGUCUCGAGAGAGUUGUCCCUACGAAGAGAACUGCAACAGCCGGGGGUGCCAGAGGCAUCGCUCUCUACGAAGAUGAGUCAGGGAAAGAUGGCGGCGAGGUCGAGGAGCGGGGUCGGAUUCUGAUCUCCCUCAUGUACAACACCCAGACGAACCGUCUCGUUGUGGGAGUUGUGCGCUGCGUUCACCUGGCUGCCAUGGAUGCUAAUGGCUACUCUGACCCAUAUGUCAAAAUAUGUCUGAAACCUGACAUGGGGAAGAAGGGCAAGUGCAAAACACAAAUCAAGAAGAGGACUUUAAACCCAGAGUUUAAUGAGGAAUUCAACUAUGACAUCAAACACAGUGAACUGGCCAAGAAGACCUUAGAUAUCUCUGUGUGGGAUUAUGAUAUUGGGAAGUCCAACGACUACAUCGGUGGGUGUCAGCUAGGUAUCUCUGCCAAAGGAGAGAGACUGAAGCACUGGUAUGAGUGUUUGAAGAACAAGGACAAGAAGAUUGAGCGUUGGCACACCUUGUAUAUUGAGAAUCAUGUUGCUAGUGAUUAACCCCCCCCCAUACAGCAUGAGCUGCAUUCAUCUCCUAACUGCACUUUUUUUUAUGUUAUUGUUCUUUCACUACCUGACCAUCACACAGGCUUAAUCUCUUCCUUUUCAGUGAUAGUAUACUCUUCUUUCCUGUCCUCUUACUAACAAUGUAUGUGCCUGUGCUGAUAUUUAAUCUGCCUCUGGGACAAAUCAUUCAUUCAAUCAGUCAUAAAUCAAUUAGAGAUUUUACUAAUGUAACCAAGACAUCUGUCAACCAUCAGCUGCACGAGGACCAUCAUGCCCAUCGGUGAUGUUAUAUAGCGUGCUGAACUUGACCCAUUCUUUGCUAAAGAAAAUGAAGUUUGAAUUGCACUGGCACAGAACAAGAAUAGCAAUUUGUUAUGUCACCUGAAGUGAAAACCAUUGCUCAAAGUCAUAAAAUCCUCGAUUAAGCUCA